UAGGUUUACAGAGUCACAUCUCGAAGCCAUUAACAGUAUUCAGUUGAUUCCAGUAUAGUGUGCGUCUUCUGGAUAAUACGAUCAUUUAACGGACAAAUUUAAAUUUUUCAUUUAUUACAUUACAUAUUAAAAAUUCGCCCGUUAACGAACAAUUCAUUAUCGUAUUCAAUUAAUACACUUGUAACACGAUGAGAAUUCUUUUUAAUCUCGUUAUUUCGGCUGUCGUCGCCAUUAUUGUCGUCGUGUUUAUGGCGAACGCAAGGAAUAUCCCUCAAAAUCCAGUGGCCUAUAAUCGCUCAACGCUAAUCAAACCUAAUGUGAGACAGUCGUCUAAUAUAAGUUUGCAAAAAUUUCAUAUUGACGGCGUAAAAACGCCCACGACUAACGUCGCCCGGAGUUUCAUUCGGAUCCCACCUACGUCCUUCAAUCACACUACCACGAGGACGUUUGUCAAAGCAACAGCCAAGAAGAUCGCCCCUUAUACAACGUCUAACGAGAAAAUGACUAUGGUGCAGCCGAUGAAAAAACACGGCUUGGAAACCAUAAACGAACGCAACAAAUCUACAACUACGCCACCCCCCUCAUCAGGAGAUUCUGGAGUUGUUGGAUAUUCUGCUUCGUAUCCGACCAGAAAUGAUAAUGUAAGACCUAGUACAUUAAUUGAUGUUAAAAAAUUUACUUGUCAAGAUGGAUACACUGUAAAUACAAACGGAGGAUGUGAACCAAUAUUUUUUGAUUGAUCUAACACCCCAAAAGUCCUGAGCUUGGUAUAAUAUUUGUUAUCACGUAUUAGAUAUCUACAAUAUGUUUUAUGCGUUAUUUUUUUUGCUCUAAGUAAUUAUUAUAAACUAUUGAAUUAUUUAAAACUAUACAACUUUUAUUUCCAUUGGUAUGAUUAUGUGAAUAUUGAGCAAAUAGAAAAUUAUUGUAAAACUCUACGAAGUUUCGAAUAUAUUUUAAAUAUAAAAUUAAUGUACAUAUAAAUAAAUAAAUAAAUCUUUAAGACAUAUUCAUGAAAAUAAUCGGUUUGGUGUAAAGAAAAUGGGAAUGAAAAACAGAUUAAAUAUCUCAUUAUUUAUUAACAAAAGCAGUCAUAUUUUUAUUAGAUAGUUCUAAUAUAUUAAAUUUAGAUAUUUUUUUAAAUUCCAUUGGCCUAAUUAUACGUAUUAUUAUAUGUGAAUUUUUAAAUAAUAUGAUUCAAAUGUAAAGCGAAUUGUGUACAAUGUCAUUUUUGAAAGUAAAUAUUUUGUUUUAGUAUUACGACAUUUUUAUAAGUAUUACGAAUCGCUCAUUGGCCAUUGCAGUAUAUUUCAUAAGUAAAUAGAUGUGUUGACCGUUACGGUUAAGCUUAUUUAAUUUUUAAGUUACUCAUUAAGUAUAUAAUAGACCGCACUGGACAUGUUCAUGUAGAAACCCAACGAGCUUAGAAUUUGACUAUAGUCUAUAAUAUAAAUAAAAUUAUUUUUUUUCAAUAUUUUUUUGUAUAUAGUAAUUUAUUAGUAUUAUAGUAUAAUUUCAAUACAACGAGUUAACCGUAUUAAUAAACACCAUGUAUAUUCAAUUUUUUUUCACUUGGCGAUUGUUUCACUGUUUUUAGAUAUGACCAUUUGUAUAUUAUAUUUAUUAUGUUUUCAUGUACAUAUUUAAAUAUUCUUAGUCUCGCUUACGUGUAUCUUAUGUAACGUGCCUACUUUCCGUCUCUUCAGUUGUUGGUUCAAAAUGAUUAAAUGAUUGUUCAGUCAAUAGAGCUUUAAACUUGUUUGUUCAUUAAAUUAGUUCAAGUAUAAAAGUACAUGUGAUAGCGCGUGGCGUAAAGAUGCUGUGGACUCAAUGUUUAGUUUCAUUUGAAUAUGCCGUGGCUUCUUAAAUGUGGCAUCUCCGUUCCCUUUUUCCUUGACCUGAGGUCUAUAACUUGGCCGCAGACUCGUUGUUGCGUAUUUCAACAAUUUUUGUUUUUGUUAGUGAAAUUCGCCUGAUGCCGUAUGUUUAUAAUGAUUUAUAAUAAUACACGUUGGAUAGGUCAGAUCCGGUUAUUCCGCUUAGUAAAGUGUACUCUUCUCGGAUUCAAGUAGAAAAAGUGAGUUAAAUACUGUAGCUCGCUGUGCACAUUUAUAUUAAAUAGCAUUUAUACCUAACAAUUAACAUUACGAAAUUAUGCUUACAUAUUUUAUUCGUUUGAUACCUACACAUUGUACCCGACGACGGUUACAGAUAAUACGAACCGGUCCGUAAUGAUCACAGGAUAUAUUGUGCGAACCAUAUUGCCAUCUAGGUUAUAUUUCAUAAUAAAAUCGUAAAGCUACUACUUGGUAUUUUCGAAUGAUUACUCUCGCGACAUAGUCUACUUAAGAUAACUUUAGGAUGGCAUCACUUGGCCCAUUACAAACGUGAGCUUCAUCGAGGGUCAGGUGUUUGCUCUUCUUAAUUCACGUGGUAUAUUUACGUACAAAAAUGAUCGAAGCUGCAUUAUGUUCAUUUUUAUUUUAAGUUAAAAUAAUAAUUUAAGAUAAAUUUAUAUUAUACAAUCAAACAAAUGCAAUGUAUUAAAAAGCACUAAAAAUUUCAAACUAUUUGAAAGUUUAAUGCAAUGUUCCUAAUGUUUUUAACAUUUUAAUUGAAAUAUAUCAAAUUAUUUUUAAAUUUAAGUUUGUGUAUAUAUUUAAAAAAAAAGAAGUACAAAAAAUUCUUUGGUUUAUUUUUUGGGAUUCACUCUGAUACUAAUUGGAUUAAGUUGGUACUUUUGGUAAAUAAAGUUUGAAUAUGUUUUUAAUGUAUGUAGUUUAAGGCUUUUUUCACUAUGUACUAUGACGAUGAUUCUGAAAAUUUCGAUGUUAAGAUCCAUCAAAAUGAUUAGCACGAGUAGUUUAAGAAUUAUUUAAAUAUAUAUAAAUAUUCAUUUAUUAAUUGUUUUAUACAACUCCAAAAUAGAUGUUGUAUUUAAACUAGUAGGUAAUUGUAAUUGUAGUAUACUAAUCUUUAAAAUAAUCUACGUUCUCACUGUACUUAUAUUAUAACUCUGUAAAUGGUUUUAAUGAAAACAAUACACUUUGUAUGUGUAUAAUAAUGUACAUCACAACAUAAUAUUAUAUUAAAAUGUAAUUUGUAUGGUAUUUUUUUCUUAGAUAUUUUUAAAGGUAGUUAUUAUUCUAAUAAUGUGUACAUGAUGCGUAUUUAAUGAUGAAUCAGUCAUAUAUUUCCUUUGGAAAAACGUGUAUAAUUGUGGACCUUGUACAUUUUUGAUUGAAGGAUAAAAUAAUUAUACGUUAGAUAAAAGCUUAUAUAGAUGUAGCUAGUCAUAUUUCGAAGUCAGUGUUCGAUUUGCUCCAGUAGUGUGCACGCUCGUUGCUUGUCUUCUGGAUAGUACAAAAAUUUAAAAGUCUCGUUAAAUUUUUUUUUAUUAUAUUACAUAAUAUUAAAAGUUCCGUCCGAUAAUAGACAGAUAAUUAUCGCGUAGUAUAAAUAAUAUACUAGUAACACGAUGAAAAUUCAGUUUAAUCUUUCUAUUUCUGUGGUUAUCGUCAUCGUUGUCAUUGCUUCUAUGUCGAAUGCACACUGUGUCUAUCAUAGUUACCAUACCACUUACAUGAGGCCUUAUGAGGAAGCGAUGUACUAUCGCGGCCAGACAACAAAGCCACCUCCAGUCGGACCUGCUAAUUCCACGUCACCCAUUGUCGGUACAAUAAUCAAGGUUGAUAAAUUUCCAUGUAUGAAAGGCUACACUCCAAAUGGCAAGGGAGGAUGUGAACCAAUAUUUAAUAAUUAAUCUAACCCCUUGAUGAGCACCGAGCUUUAAUAUAAUAUUUAUUAUUACGAAUUAGAUAUAUACAUAAACAUAUAUAUAAAUCAGGAGCGGUUAGCUGCAGGUAUGAUUUUAUUAUAACGAUAAUAUUUAAUUAUUAUAAAUUAUAAAUUAAAUAACAAUAAUUUGAUGAUUAAUAGUUUUUUUUUUUAAAUUUAUUAUAUUUUUAAAACAAAUCUAUAAGGUAGUUUAAAAUAUUUGGGCGAAAAGAGUCCAGCCCUAUGUUAUGUUAUAUUAUGUGUUAUCUUGUCUGCUAAAAGUAAUUAGUAUUUAAAACUUUGUCAAAUUGUAUUUCUAUUGGUAUGAUUUUAUUAUGAAUAUUAAGUAAAUAGAAAAUUAUUGUAAAACCUGUGAAGUUUCAAAUAUGAUAUGUUGUAUAUGGCAUGUGCCAACAAAUAAUAAUGGGAACAAUAUUGCUUAUUUUAGUUAAAUGUUUAAUUGCGUAAUAUUAGGCUAAUGAAGCAAAUGAGCUGAGGCAGCACCUUGUAAAAUAAUAUUUAAGGACGUAAGCACCACAGUAGGGGGUCAGUGCGGGUUUCGAGUGAGAGACGCAUAUAUCUUGUGAGCGAUUCAUAGAGACCCGUAUUUUUGUGUGUUUGUUUUAUGUAAAAUAAAGUAUUUCGUGAUAGUGUUAAUUGUUUAUAGAUCUUUUUGUGUGCCUUCGAGAGAUAGGUAUACUACAGUGGCGCCCAACGUCAUUCGUAAUCCACUACCCGAAUUACUUUUGAACAUUUGUGUUUUUGUUUGUUUUUGUGUUGAUUAAAUACAAGUCAUUUUUGUGUGUUUUACUUUUACACAUAUCGCGUUUUAAACUUUAUCAGAUUGAACUCUCACGGCAGGAAGACUACGACCAAUUGGAUCCACAAUUUUUGUGUUUUACACACUCGAGAUGUUUUUUAAAAUCCUCACAGUCGUUACAGUACUCAUCAACGCUAACGCAGAAGAAGAUAUAGCUGUAAUUUUAUCUCCCGGAGCCUUUUUUGACGAGGUACCAGAGGCCAUUCUAUAUGACAAAAGCAUUCCUCUAAUCUAUACACAGGAAUUGCAAGACGAUUACCCAGAUGACAAUUUGGAAAAUAUAAAAAAUAACUGGGGGGUUGAAAAAUACUGUGAAAAUAAAAACACAAACUACUGCAACAUUGUCAACCAAACAAUAGAUAUAUUAAGCACCAUAAAUAAAAACAUAAGAGAAAGCGAUACAAACACAUUAGAUUUAAAUAAAGGCCUAUUAAACAGUAGAUCAAAAAGGGGAAUUCAAUUUUUCGGGAAUUUAUAUCACUUCUGUUGUAAUGUCGCAACAGAAAAACAAUUAAAAACUUUUUACACAAAUGAAGAAAUGUUAGAUCAACAAAUUAACAAAUUUAAAAACGUUUUCGCAUCAGACCAUAAAGAUCUAACAAACAUAACUACAGAACUCAAUAAAUACACAAAAAAUACUAAAAACAAUAUCAAAUUAUUAAAAGAUAGUUUUUCAAAAUUUAUAAAUGAAGAAAAAAUAAAUAACUUACUAGAAAAAACAAAUCAGGAGAAUAUGAUUCAAGGUAUCCAAGAAAUAACAUACAAUUUAAUUUCAGUAAUUCUAAAAUUUACAAAUAAUGAAAGAGAUACAAAUAUUCAUUUACACUGUAAGCUACAUAAAAUUCCAGCAAGGAUCAUAAAAUCAAAAAUACUGUAUAACGACUUAAUAAAAUUAAUAAGGGCAAUCGAAAGAGAUGGAUAUGAAUUAACUAUACCAUUAGAACAUUUUCAUACAUAUUAUAACUUACCAAUUACCGAAUGUCAAUUUUCAAAAUCAAAAAUUCUAAUUAAAAUAAAAAUACCUAUCCAAGAAAAAUCUGCAAAAUGGAAACUAUAUCAAUACAUUCCAACUCAUUUUAAGUUUCACGAGUCUACUUGCAUUAUAUACUCAGAAAAAACAUAUAUAGCGAUAAAUACCAUGAAUGAUGAACACAGGAUAAUAUCAGGAAUCGGCCUACAACACUGUGACCCACCAAUCACGGACCUAUGUUAUAUUCCAAAAUUUUCAUCUGAUAUUACCCUUUCCCCAAAAUGUGUGGAAGCAAUCUUUAAAAACAAAAAAUUAGAUAUAAUUAAUCAAUACUGCUAUUUCCAGUGCAUUAAACAAUAUGAUGACGACUCUAUAAUAAUAAAACAAAUAGGAAUAAACACAUACGUCAUAACUAACCCACAACCUACCUUAAGCAUAAAAAAAGAAAUAUUGAAUAUAACCAAAACAGAAGAACUUAAAUUAAAUUACAAUCACCCAGGUUUAAUAAAAAUAACCUUUCCGUGUAACUAUGAACUAUUAAGAAAUGAUAUCAUUUUAAUACCAAAAAUGUACCCUUGCGAAACUAACAAUUUAAAUACAUACUCAGUCAAAAGGGUAUUACCAGUAUCAUGGACAAAAAUUAAAUCAUUAAAUAUAAACCACGAGAAUAAAAAAGAAAGUAUAUCCUUUUCAAAUUUGACGGAAAUUUUAAAUCAAAAUUGGAUCGAUGAAAUUCCUAACUUUCACGUAACAAAACAAAUACGAGACCCCGAAAAAUACUUUAAUGAUAUAAUGUUAAAAAAAAUACCACAACCACUUAUUGAUGAUUUCUUAGGUGACAUAAUUUAUAUAACAUGGUUAACCAUGCUUACCAUAAUAAUAGGGUUCAUAGGAUAUAAAAUAUACCCAGCUAUUAUCAAAAUAAACAUGUUAACCAUGCCCCCUCCUAUUCCACAAAGAUAAUUAUAUGAAGUUAAAUAAACAAAUAAUUAAUAGACUGGUUACACAUUAACAAAACGAAAUUGGUUAUAUAUAAAAAUCACAAUGUAAGACCAACUACAAAAUACGUUCGAACAUCAUAAUAUUACAAUAAAUGAAUAAAAUAUAAACAAUACAAUCUCCAAUACAUACUCAAAAAAAAUAAUCCAUUUCGCACAAAUAAAAUCAUUAUAAAUUAAUCCAAGAAGCUACUGAUGUUGUUACACUUAUAAAAUCAAUUUCACAAAAAUGUAAACAGUGAGAUGAAAAAAAAAAAAA